UUACUUGUUAUGGUAGUGGGACCGGCGCGCGCAGGAAAGACGAGCUUACUGAAAUCAUUAAACGGAGAAGAGUUUGACCCAAAAGAAGACAGCACUGAUGGGAUUCAGCUGCAGCGCACAUUUUGCAAGUCACAAGAAAACUGUUGGAGUAAGGAAAGUGACAAAGGAAUCUCAUACGCGGACUGCAUGGCUGAUAUUAUUCAUAAAAAUCUUCAAGGCGGAGAUGACAGCGAAGAAAUACACGAUGAAAACUUUGAAAAGGAGUCGGUAGAAUCCAGUAAAAGUCUCUUAAAGAAUGAUGACGAUGAUCGCGACGAGGAUCACGAUGAUGUUGAUAAUGCGAAUGAUGAUGAUGACGCGCAUGGUCAUGAUGAUGACAAAAUGAAUGCGAUUAAAGUCGAGUCUGAAGAAACGGAUGAAGAAGCUAACGAAGAGCUGGAAGUCAAAGAAUAUAUAAGCGAGAAAAGUACCGCAAUUCUCCCAAAAUUCAUUGAAGAAAAAGUAAUAUUCAAGUUAAGGGAUACCAAACUGAGUGAUAAGACGAACCGAGAGAAUGAAGUGUAUAUCAAAUCGCUAGACUUUGCUGGUCAGGCUGUCUACAAUGUCAUCCAUCCCAUAUUUCUAACUUCGAAAGCAGUUUUCAUUCUAGUUUAUAAUUUGAAAAACAUUCCACAUCAUCUCAUGAAAUCCAUAGUCGAGGAAGAUGGCGCAGAAAGAGAACUCGUAGAUCCCUUUGAGAUGACAAACAUGGAAAAUCUGGAGUUAUGGUUGUCCUGCAUUUCUUCCUAUACAGAUGCACAGAGAAUGGCAAAAAUAGGCGAAUUGUCAUUGCCUCCUGUAUUCAUAGCAGGGACUCACGCAGACAAAUUUGACGGUAAUCUUGAAGAUGCAAAAGAGAUUAUCCGAAAAAUAUACAAAUCUCUAAGUCCAAGCAAAAGACCAUCUGGCUGUCAUGUUGUGAGGAACCAAAUCUACACGGUGAAUAACAGAGUAUCCGGUAAUGGAGAAAUAAACGAUAAGUCCGUCAGAGAACUCAAGGCAGAUAUUGAAAAGUUGUCAAAGUCUCUUCCACAUAUGGAUGAAGAUAUUCCUGUCAACUGGCUGUGGUUUGAAGAAGUGCUGUCAAACCUUGUAGAGAAGGAAAACAAGAAAUACAUCACAAUCGAUGAAGCUUUGAAGAUAGCCAAUAAGUGUAAGGUGAACACAAGUGCCGAAUCCAAAGAGUUCCUCACCUUGUUAAACUAUUUGCACGACUUGAAGACUGUUAUCUACUUUGAGGAAACUAAGAAAGUAUUCAUUGAUACGGAAUGGCUGGUCAAAGUGUUUACAAAGGUCAUCGAGGUCAGGCCGGUUGAGAAACGAGAUGGCUUCGACGAGUCCUGGGAUAAACUGGAAGAGAAAGGUGUCUUGGACAGAGCCUUGGUGGAACACGUAUGGAAACGCUUAGUUGAUGAACAAAACACAAUUGAUGCUCUUCUUUUAAUUAUGGAGAAAUUCUCACUUAUUUGUCGUUGGAAUGCUAGCGAAGGAGAAGAAGUGUACCUUGUUCCAUGCAUGUUGUGUAACAGCAAGAAGCGAGAAGACAUCGCGAAGUGUCUAGAACAUGAGAAAUCGUCAACGAUGGUCAUUCGUUUUAAUAUUUCCCAUGUAGCGCUAGGUAUAUUUCCUAGGCUUUUUGUAGCUAUUGCUGAAGAAGGAAAGAAAAUAUGGCCAAAUCUACGACAACCAAUACUUCACAAAAAUAUCUGCAGGAUUUCCAAGAUUGGCAAAGAAAGAAAGCUUGAUAUCUGUAUUAUUCAGUCAAGCUUUCAAACAAUCAGUGUAACAGUCUGCAACAAACAGAACAUCGAUGGGCAACGAGUCACUGAGUUCUGCCAGCACUUUCGUAAAUUGCUUGAUCAAGUCUUUGUUGACAUGUGUCGAAACUUUCCUUGGAUGCAAAACAUGACAUUCGAGUAUGGAAUACUCUGUCCUGUUUGUACAACCUCACCAAACAAAUGCAAGUCUCACGAGAUAGAGGGAUGCACCCGGGAUACGUGCCUUCACUUUGUGAACGAAGAAGAAUUGAGCGUCGAUACACCGGAGUGCGAGAAGGACGUUGCAAAUCUAGAUAACGUGAUUGAGGAGAAGGCAUAUGUAUACUGGUUCCCAAGACAAGUGGUAGGUCCAACGUUAGACUUCACUGAAAACCAGAAGCGAUGGUUGGUGAUUAGCAUAUGCUUGAACAUUGUUCUUCUUCCACCUUUACGAAAGUUCCUAGAACGGAAUAUGCUGAAACACUACACUAAACUGAAGACCAGCUACAACAUCCACAACCAAGUCCACGAAGGACGACUUGUUAAUGACGCAGGCCAAGCAUUGAAAUAUUGUAGUAUAAACAACAAUGGCACAAAGAAUGUAAAAGACUACGACUACAAUGUUACUUCUGCUAUUGACUUGGCCAAGCUGUACUUGAAAUCUCACAUGGCUCAAUUCACAGGAUUCAAUGAUACUUGCGAUCUAUCUGCAGUCCUUGGUGUUCUUUCCUCUGCUAGUGUCUUUUCUGCUGACAUUCAAGACUUCUCAAGUAAAGUACGAAAAGAUGUAAGAAAUGAAUGGGCCCACCCUAACUUCCAGACCUGGGAUGAAACAAAGUUUGCAGAUUCCUUCAAUCUAAUGAAUUCUCUCUUGAAAGCUCUGAAGCUGUCAUCUGAAGAUGAAAACACGGUAGCUGAUCAACUGAAAGAAUGGGAAAACAACUGCGUAGAAAUCUGUAUAGCCAACACAGUUCCACCAGAGUUGGUAAAGGAUAUCGAAGAUAAAGUGUCCCAGUUAUCUAGAGAAUUCCAACUUGCUCUCCGUCGAAACGAAGAAAACGUUGCUCAGUUAUCCGAAGAUGUUAAACAUCUGGCUAUCAGUCAACAAGAAGAAGUCUGCAGAGUUCUCGAGACUUUGGUGACUGUGCAGGAUGCUAUUCGAUCUCUAAACCAAAGGAUGGGACUUAAUGAGGUAGAUGUGGAGAAGGUUAAGGAGGAAGUGAGGAAGCUUAAGGAGGAAGUGAAGAGGGCUCACGAAAGAAUCGAUUGUAUACAGAAAUAGAUCUAUAUCGCAUCUGAUUGGCUAAUUACAUUGAGCCAAUCCCCUAUAGUGGAAAAGAAAUCUUGGCGGACGUCAAUCAAAGUGUUUGCAUGACCUUUCCCCAGCGGAAAACACAAAGAUUUGGUCAAGGACACGUGCCUAUGGAAACGCCUUGAUCAACAUCCACUAAAAACUACUUUGUCGCGGCGACUACUCCGCGAUAAUGACUGUAACAUUUAUAAUUAGACAGAUGUUUUUUUAGAUAUUUGUAAUCUAUAUUCAUUGGGAAUCCGUUUGAAUAACGUUUAACGUGAAAGAGGGUCAUACGAGAGUUUUUUCUCAUCCUCUCUAAAGAAAUUUCAUUUGUAAUAUUUACAUUUUACUUCAGAAGUUUCAUGUAGCACUGUGUCUUCAACUUAUUUCCUUCCUAUGUCCUUUCAUUAUUAUUAAUAUUUUUUUAUAAUUUCCCAUCCGCUAGGCGAAAUUGUGAGGCAAUACAAUUUAGUUGUGUCUUCAUAGGCUUAUGCUGAACAGAGAUAAGUUAGWGUUACUUUAGUGCUAUAAAUACAUGUAUUAUCAGUGAAUAUCACAUGU